UAAAAAAAUAUAUUAUCCAGCAUCUUAAACGAGAAUUGGGUUAGAAAUAGAUUCAGAGUAACCAUUAAUUAGCUGCUGAUAAGAGAUGUUAAAAGAAAUAACAUUGGUUAUCAAGUUAUACUGCGUUUCGUCUCCAUUGGUUGGUUAAAGAUUAUUAUUGACUGUAGUUUCUCUCGUGUUGUUGACCUGUCGCCGCAGAUUAUGGUGUGUAGUGUUUUUCGCGAAAUUCGUGUUCCGAAAUUGCCGUUGAGCAAAUGAACAAAAAAAGGUGCCUGAGUUUAAAAUACGGAAAGUGUUUUUCGUUUAAUGAAUAUAAUCGUGUGGUGCACGCAACAAAUUUAGAAAAUGAGGUUUAAGCAGCAGAACACUCGUCGAAUUCUUCCAGCAGUGGAGAUAAGUCACAUCAGCCAACCAAUUUUCAAUGUAGAUCCACAAGUUUCUGUCAUACGACCAUCCUCAGCAUGCCACACGAUUCACAAUCAACAUAACAGCAAAUAUGCAAAUAGUUCCGACAAGAGACCAUCGACUGGUCGCGAUGAGCUUCAGAAAAGCAAAGGAGAAAAUGUAGAAGUGUUUCAAAAUAAUAAUAUGUCAUUCAGUAUUUUUAAUGAUACCCAGACUGAUGUGGGAUCUCCGUCGGACCUCAUUGGAAACUGUACAGACUUUUCUGAAGGUGAAUCAGAAGACGAAGAGAACGGACAAAAAGAAGUGACCCGCAACAUUGAGCUUCUCGAACGGGUAUAUCAAGAUACAACAAUAACCUUUGAAAGUGCUCCAGUCUUAACUAAUGCGGUCAUAAAGGAAGAAGAACUUAGUGCAAGCGCCGACUACUUCAUCAAAUGCCCACAAUGCCAAAAAGGAUGCCAAAGCUUUCAGGCGCUGAAAGAACACAUGGAAAUUGCUCAUACGGACCUGACAGCCACAUCUGAAAAUAGUCUGUCAGUAACCAGUGCUGUUUCGCCCACAUCUUUGACAGGAAUUACAGGACGCUAUGGAUGCUCGCAAUGUAAUUCUUCAUUUUCUUCUAAAGAACACUUGGAGAAGCACGAAUUAUUGCACUCGCCAAAUGCACAAGUGUCUUGCAAAAUAUGCAACAAAACCUUUGCAAAUGUAUACCGGCUCCAACGCCAUAUGAUCAGCCAUGAUGAAAGUGCCAUUCUUAGAAAAUUCAAAUGUACGGAAUGUGAUAAAGCCUUUAAAUUUAAGCAUCACCUCAAGGAGCACAUAAGGAUUCAUAGUGGUGAAAAGCCGUUCGAAUGUGGUAACUGUGGCAAACGGUUCUCUCAUUCCGGCUCCUAUUCCAGUCACAUGACCUCCAAGAAGUGCCUAGUAAUGAAUUUGAAGCUGGGUAGAACUAGAGCCGCCAUAAAUAAUCAGUUAAUGGAUAAAAAUAUUUCCCAAAGUAUCAAAGGCUCAACUAAAAGGCCAUCUGGCAGUCCCAUAAACAAUAACAUUUCUAACAGCCCCAAUCACAAUGCUUCUUACUUGCCCAUUUUGCCGAAGUACCCGGAAGCAGCUGCAGCUUUGUUUCAAUCGCAUAUGAGUGGAAAUCCAUCAAUGGCCCCUUUUUACUUCAGUACGCCACAUAGCAUUCUCAAUACACCGCACACCAUAAACCCAUACUCGGCAUCGGCUAUAAAUCACCUGCUCGAACAACUACAGCAACAGGUACAACACCAGCAACACAGCACAUCAAGUCCUGUAAGGAGUUCUUUUGGGCAAACAUCCGAAUCUAGUGCAAUGGCCGAAGACUUUUCCAAGCCACAAAAAGGUAAACUUAGUGUUACUACUUUAGUAGCUAAUCGAGGUCCGGAGGAAUUUGAUGAUCUUUCCAAAUCCAACGCUUCUGAUUGCGGCGAGCUGGUUAUGGAUGAAGACAGUGACAAUCACAACACUGAAAUACUUAGUGUUGAUGACAAGAUCGGCAAUAGUCAGCAUAAUAAUCUACCUCAACCUCCAAUGUUCAACGCAAAUACUAUCGAUGCAUUGAAAAUAUUUUCCGAGACGAUUCCUGUCACUAAGGACUCAGGAAAUGCAACAGAUAAUUUUACUGCUCCUACUGCACAUUCCCCUAAAGAACACUUUUCGUGUACCAAUUGCAAGGACAUAUUUUCAACAGUUGCUGGUUUGGAGAAACACGACUGCAAAGACGCUCAGAGCGAAGGACUAGCCGCGAAACUAGUAGCAGCCUUAACCCCGAAAUCGGAGCAUGGUUCCAACGAAAACAUUAGUGGAGCUGAAGAUCAUGAUUUUGAGAGAAACUGCUAUCAGGUGGAAGAAGUGGAUUCGGAAAAUUAUGCAACCACAGAUCAUGUCAAUGAGGACGGAAGGAAAGUUCGUGUUAGAUCUUUAAUUUCCGAGGAGCAGCUAAGAAUUCUCAAAGAUAAAUACAAGGAGAAUCCCAGACCGAAACGUGAAGAUUUAGAAAACAUUGCAGCUAAUAUCGGAUUUCCUGUUCGAGUAGUGCAAGUUUGGUUUCAAAAUACGCGAGCCAGAGAUCGACGAGAAGGAAAGUUAAUACAAGUUCCGUACAACCCAACCGCCUCUGGAUCUCGAUAUAAUGUGCCUUCAACGUCCUUGAACCAACAAGUUAUGCCUUCAUCGCCCCAAUAUAUUUCCGAACAACCCUUGGAUUUAUCUGUUAGAAGGUGUGGUACCCUUUCAAAUGACACAUCCCCAUCUUGUUCGCCUAGACGUCCGCAUUCUGUGAAUCAUUCCGACACUACUCAUGACGAAAUAGUCAAUCUUAGCCAUAAAUCGUCAAGAAGUCCAACGCCCUAUUUGUCAUACCAGAACCACUUUCAAGGAUCAAAUUCUUCAGAUCCAAGGCAGUCGCCGUCGCCUCUAGAAUACAACAGCAGCCGAUUGGCACAAAUACUGGCUCAACCAGCCCACAAACUUUCCAAUCUACCUGGAAUGGGGAUAGUUCCAAUGGACCACCUUCUGCAAUUUGGAGCUCACGAUCUUCCUAGUUUAACGCAAUUGAUUACCAGUCGGAUGACAAGUUUAAGUCCCAACUCAAGCCAUUCACCACACGAGGGAGCUCAAGAUGAAGAGGGGUUGCAGACCAAAAGAGCCAAGGUCCAACAAAUGAUUCUUAAAAGUAUGACCAAUCAAGGGUUGGUUCAGGAGGCAGAAAUUGAGGGACAAUUCCAGUGUGAUCAAUGUGAUAAAGCAUUUUCCAAGCAAAGUUCGUUGGCGAGACAUAAAUAUGAGCAUUCUGGUCAGCGACCACAUAAAUGCGACGAGUGUCCAAAAGCCUUCAAACACAAGCAUCACUUAACGGAGCACAAGCGGUUACAUUCAGGAGAAAAGCCAUUUCAGUGUAGCAAAUGUUUGAAGCGAUUUUCUCAUUCUGGAUCGUACAGUCAACAUAUGAACCACCGAUUCUCGUACUGCAAGCCAUAUAGAGAAUAAUUUUUGUUGGCAAGUGUAAAUACAUUUCUUUCAGUGCCGUAUUGUACCUUAGAUUGUUACUAAAGUACUUAAGUACUUUAUUUUCGUGUAUUUAAAUUGUAAUUAGUGUAUUUUGUGUUAAAAUAUUACAUUAAUGGGCAGGUUUGCAUUUGUCUCCGAAUAGAUUUAUUUUAUAUUUUCAGUACAUUUUAGAUUUGAUCUAAAAUUAUUUUCAAAACUAGUUAAUUUACGAUUUCUCAGGAAAAUGCUAUAUGGAGUUUGGUAAACAGGAGAUGCAAACGCAACUGAUGAAAAGCAUUGCUGAAAUUAUUCAAACUCAACCAGUUACACUAGGUGAUAUAGCAUAACGAAAAGAGAUAAAUCUAUUUGUCGGCAAUAUGCUGCGUCUGAUCGUUUUUAAAGCUGUGAAUUUUGUGCCAUAAUAUGUAGAUUAUUGAUAUAUACAUUACCAAAUAUGUUAUUUUAUUUAGGUAUUUGUGCAAUUAUUUUAGUGUUCUUGCAAUCUUUUUUUCUACUUGGCCAUGUCUACAUUAAAUGCAAUUUAAGCUUUCUAUCCCAUAUUAAAAGUUCACAUAAAGUUAUAUAAUGGGAGUGAAAUAUACCUUGCUAAGUAAAGAUGCAGCCUUUUCGGGAUAAAAUGACGCUAUUUCGUGUGAAUUAAGUAUUUCCUUAAAUUAUACAUUCAUUUGAAGCAAAGUUAAAUUUCACAGUAACUGCUGCAAUGAAAUACUUAAUUUAUUGAGAUAUUGAUUGAUUACUGAAUCUCAAAUCAAUGUUUUCUUUGUCUCAAUCAAUGUCAAAUGAAUGUUUUCUCUUUUAAUUUUAUAUGUAGGUUUUCUGGUACCUGUAUAAAUACUCAUUAGAUACGCGCACAUAUAAGUACCAGUAUUAUUAAAUCCAAUGUCUUCCACCACUUUAACAUGUAGUGGUGCAAUUGCAGGCAUGGGGCAAUAAGCAAUUGUUUCUUUUCUGGAAAUUCACAUAAUAUUUUUAUUUGAAUGAGUAUACAUCGAAAUGGUUUUACAUGAACUGCAGUAAUACCUCAUUAUUAAAAUUAGAAGUAACACACAUUUGCACUUCAGUAAUAGAACCGCCAAAAUUACGAACAAACACGUAUUUACAAAAAUUAUUUUCAAUAACAAUGAUAAAUCAUUUAGGCGCUAGUUUGAUUUAGAAAUAAAUUUUCAUGAAAACUUGCUUAUUUGUUAUAAAUAUUCAGAAUCUCAUACAAAUCACUUUUUAUCCUUAUUAUCCAGUUAAAUAUACCUUAGUUUUUAUUUAAAAAUCAGUCGAUAAAGACUAGAUAUUAUGGGAAAGUUUAUCCGGAUAAAUCGUUUACUCUAUAUGGAAUACCUGGAUUGUAUUUAUUUAUGCAAUUAAAUUAAUUGUUACAUAGCAAUGUACCACCAUUUUGCAAAUAUAAUUAAUCGAAAUGAAGAAAUGUAAGGGGGGACCAUUAAAGCUAAGGUAUAUUUUAGUGAUUUGAAAACACCUUCAUUAAAUUGAAAGUAAGAACAUUUUUAUAGAAAACAACUACUUUUAGAUGUCCCGUUCUGUAUGCUAUAUAAAUGGUCUCAAAGAUGCAUUUGAAAUAGUUACCUUUAUACCAAUGCUUCAAAACGAUCACAUUGAUUUUAGUGUAACAUGUUUCUAUCUACGAGAAUAGAUAAUCUUAUUGAUUUUAUAUUGUAGGGUGAGAAAUUUAAAAUAUAUUUAUAAUAAAUCUAUAAUAGAAUCGUUUUGAGUGCCAAAAUUCCGUCAAAUAUAUUACGCGUAGGAGUCUGUAUAUUUAUAAAAAUUGGGUUUCGGCUACAUCGAAAAGCUACAGUUAGUUUUAGGAUUUCUGAAACAGUUCGUCUUAUAGCUAUUGUGUAUUGAUUAAAAUUGAUAUGUAUUUCUGCGCUCAGAUGUAAAUUAAAGAUGCUACAUUUUAUGCCUUCUAUCUUUGGAUUUGUUGAAGAAUUUAAAAUGGCAUUAAUCAAGGAACAAAUCAAACACACUAUUUUUUAAAUGUUUUUGUGAAAUCAUCAUGAAACAUUGUUUUUAGCGGGUAGAAAUAUUUGCCUAACAAGCAACAAUGUUGGCAAGUAUAAUCCUAUAAAUUGUGAAAUACAAUUACUGCGUACGAGUAUACCUAACCAUUCCACACGGAGAACAAAAAACCAAAUCUUAAUUUAUGUUAAUUUCUCAAGACUCCAAGAAUAUAUGCUCGGAUUUUUAUCAGAUAUUCACCCUGCUCUUAUUUUGCAAACAGUACAAUAAAAAGGCACGAGCCAUGCAUUUAAAGGUGUUAAUUGACAAUACGUAGUUCACAUAGAUUUUUCACCUAUACAAAGAAAUAAAUGGUGCCAGUUGUUACUAACAAUUUUAUAGAUAUUCUAAUUAAGGACAUUAUUGUAUAAGAUAAUAUAAUGAAAGCGGUGAUUUGAGUUAACCAUUGAAGUAAAUAUUUUUAGGGUAUUUUGAAAUUAUAACAAGUAAUUGAACUAUUUGAACCAUUCCAAAAUUAUGUACCUAAUGUAUAAUUUCCAGUGUGUCGUAUAAGUAAGGUUGUUUGACAAUAACAUAGUCGUUUGAUAUAAAGUCGUAGAAAGCGACUGCUAAUGUUAAAAUUUAAACUAUAGCAUUUAUUAUAUAACAUUUGCAUCUCAAAACUGCAGAGAUAUACAAUAUAUUGAAAAUAUAUUACUAUACUGGUUAUAUUAUUAUAGAACAUGUAUUUAAAAUAUAACGGUCCUAUAAGCGAGUUCUGUACAUAGCAAUUUUGUAAAUAUUGUAUCUUCCGAAAAUUACUAUUUUUGCUUAUGGCUUUAUAAAUACUCGUUUUUGUAAGUUUUUAUAGUUUGUAUACUAACGUAUUUUGUUCGUGUAGUUUUAUUUUAAUUUUAUAGGUUCUGUGGCAAUUCGUUCAUUUUGUUAUAAAAAACAUUUGUUGAUGUGUUUUGCGAUUUCAUUGGCUAGUUUUACCAAAGAAAGUGUAUAUAAAUAAAAUCAUAUUUAAAUAGCUAAACAUUGUUUAUUUUUGUUUAUGAAAUGUUCCUCUUUUUUUGAAUUUUGUAAUAUUUUGUGUGUAAUUAAACUUGUAAAGACAGUGAUUGUAAUAAAAAGGAUGUACGUAUAAGAUAUAAAUGAACCCAAACCAGUUAGAAAAUGUAUUUUAAUCUCUACCAAUAAAGCAUAUAUGAAUUAAU